AUGAAGUUUAAUCUUAAAUCUCUGGCCCUUACAAUAGGGCUGGCCACCUUUGCAUUUUCCAACGUUUCUGAAGCAGCAAAUGCUGCAGAUUAUUAUGUGGGAUCACUACCUGGUCUUCCGGAUCAUGUAAAUUUGAAGUCACAUGCUGGGCACAUAACAAUUGAUGAACUAUCAGAUUCUAAUAUAUUCUUUUGGCUAAUGCAUAAUCGCCAUAUUGCUAACAAAGCUAAAUUAGUUAUUUGGCUCAAUGGAGGUCCUGGUUGGAUUAAUGAGGAUCAAACAUUGAAACCUUUAUAUGGAGGAUGGAAUGAGUUUGCUAAUGUGUUGUAUGUUGAUCAGCCUGUAGGAACAGGAUUUAGUUUCUCAAAACCAAACGCUUAUGCGAAGAACAUGACUCAAGUCACGCAACAAUUCUUAUCGUUUCUUGAUAAAUUUUUUGAAAUUUUUCCAGAAUAUUCUCAAGAUGAUAUGUAUUUGUCCGGAGAGAGCUAUGCUGGGACAUUCAUACCAUACAUAGCAAAUGGAAUUUUGAAACGUAAUAAUGAAAGGAAAACACCUGAUUAUCAAAAGUAUAAUUUACGAGGAAUAGCGAUCGGAAAUGGAUGGAUUGAUCCUAAUACACAAGUUCUUGCGGAGUCACAAUUAAAAGUAUGUAACGAUAUUUUAAAGAGAUCAUCUAAAAUCAAGGUCGAAGAAUGUGAGCAAAUUCUUAACAUAAUUUUGCAGAACUCACGGAAACGUGUUAAAACAGGUCAGACGUGUAUAAAUCAAUACGAUAUCCGAGAUCAUUCUGAUUCUUAUCCUUCUUGUGGGCUUAAGUGGCCAUACGAACUAGCUACUGUCUAUAAAUAUUUGCGUAGGCCUGACGUUGUUAAAUCUCUUCACGCAACUAAGAGACAAGGUUAUUGGAUAGAAUGUAGCAGUUCAGUUAACAUGGGAUUCGAUGGUGAUAAAAGCCCACCUUCUAUAACAUUAUUUCCCGAAAUUUUAAAACAAAUCAAUGUAUUAAUAUACAGUGGAGACCAAGAUAUAAUUUGUAAUUAUAUGGGAACUGAAGCCAUGAUAAGUAACUUAGAAUGGAAUGGUUACAAAGGGAAUAUUGUCACAGAGAGAAAUCUUACAUAUGUUAAAGUAUAUAACGCAAGUCAUAUGGUACCAUAUGAUGUUCCUCUUGUAACUAUGGAUAUGAUGUAUAGAUUUAUGGGAUUGGAUCAUCAUAUAGAAAAUUUUUCAUCAAGGAUCGAGUCGGAAGAACUAAAUAACGAUAAACAAAACGAUUCAGAUUCUGUAAACGAGCAAGAAAUUUGGAAUCGUUAUUAUGAUGCUGGUACUACAACACUUAUAAUCGUUAUUUUUGGUGUAAUUGGAUUGGCUAUAUUCAUAUUUCGAGGAAAAAUUAUGAAAAAAUUCCAGCAUACGAAAGUAGAUACCGAAGAGGAACAAUUUAUUGAUUCAGAUGGUGAUGGAGAUAGCGGUACCGAAGAUAAUCAAAAGUCGGAUGAUAAUAAGAAAAAAUAUAAAGAUGAAGAAGAACAGAUAAAUUAA